UGUUGCAGGUGAUAGCAAAGCACAAAGGUUUAUUACAAGUUUUCUUUGGGGGAUAAAAUACCAUGGCAUCACCCGAGACCAGCAAUGUUGAACCUCUACCGGAUUCAAUUAUUCCUUCAGGGGUAAAAUUACUAACCAGCAUCCCAGAUCUUCUCAUGUUACCUGAGCUUGUCUUUGGUGGGCUCGUCUGGAUUCUUGUGGCUUCCACUGAUGUUCAUGAUCCAGUUAGCCUCGGCUGGGUGAUAUUUGUUUCUCUCCUCUUGUUCACAUUAACACUGCUGCUACUGAUAUGCUACUUCUGUGGGUGGCCCCGAAAUUCGACAGCGUGGUGUUUCUUGGAUGCUUCCUACCAUGGGAUUUCAUCUGUUUUCUAUCUCAGUGCCGCAGUCCUGCAGGCUAAUACUACUGUACGUGAGGCGAUUAAACCUGGACCCACAUACAGAACUGACAUUGCUGCCACGGUAUUUGCGUUUGCAGCCACUGUGCUCUAUGUGGCUCAUGCAGUGUUCUCAUUCAAAAGGUGGAAGACAGUUUAACGUUCCUCAUGGCCACAGUAGCUGGAUGUUCAUAGAAUCCUAGAGUAAUACAACGCAGAAAUAGACCCUUCACACCUCUGAGUCCCUGCCAACCACCAAGCACCCAUUUACUCUAAUCCUACACUAAUCCUACUUUAUUCUCUCUCAGAUUCUACCACUCGGCUAAAGUAAUUUACAGUGGCCAAUUAUCCCACCGAUCUGUUGAAUUAGGGGAAGACAAAGACAGUUCUCCGAAAGCUGACUCUCACCUUCCAGCACCUGCCUCGAGGGUGAUGGAGUAUAAUUGUGUUAUAAUUUCCUGUGCAUUUUCAAUACUCAUAUAACCCCCUAAUUCAUAUUCAACAUAGGAGGCCAUUCGACCCAUCAAGUCCAUGCUGGCUCUCAGAGCAGUCCCAUCAAUCCCCUUUCCCCAUAGAGUCAUACAACAGGCCCUUUGCCCCACCAUCCAUGACAACUCCCAAGCACACAUUUACCCUAGUCCUGCAUUGAUCCCAUUUUAUUCUCCCCACUUACCCAUUAACCACGCGCGCCCCCCCCCCCCCCCCCCCGGCCCCUGGAUUUGACCUCUCGCCAAUUGACCUACAAAUCCACACGUCGUUGCGACAGGGGAGGACACUGGAGCAGCUGGAGGAAACUCAGCUGGUCACAGAGUGAGAGUGAAAACUCCACACAGAGAGAGCGCAGGAGGUUCAGUUCGAACCUUAAGUCACUGGAACUGUGAGACGGCAGCUUUACAAGCUGCACCACUGAGCCUCCAGCAGCACGUUCCUUCUCGUCCUACUCAGUAUUCCCAGACCAUUCCUGACCAAACAAUGUGUUCGCAAUGAAUGGAAAGCUUUAGAGCAACAACAAAUAAGAGAAGCUAAGACACCCCAAAUCCAGUUCGCCAUGGAUUAAUCAAAGCAUAGUCUAGAAAU